AUGCCUCGAGAGCAGAAUCAAAGCUGGGUUUCUGAAUUCAUUCUCCUUGGCUUCUCCAGUGACCCCACUUCCAAUAGGAUUUUCUUCUUUGCCUUCCUUCUCCUGUACCUCAGCUCGAUCCUGGGCAAUGGGCUCAUUGUCACUCUGAUCUGUUUGGACUCUCAUCUCCAUACUCCCAUGUAUUUCUUUCUGUGUAUUCUGUCCUUAUUGGACAUGGGAUCUGUCACCACUACGGUACCUCAAAUGUUGGUGCAUCUUCUUACUCAUUCUCAGACAAUAUCAUUUGCUUGUUGUUGGCUGCAAAUGUAUAUGUUUGGUGCCUUUGGCCUAUUUGAAUGCAUCUUUUUUGUGGUCAUGGCCUAUGACAGAUAUGUGGCUAUCUGUUAUCCUCUGCGUUACACUAUUAUUCUCAGCUGGGACCUGUGCACCCAACUGGCAGCAGGAACAUGUGCCUGUGGUUUCUUUUUAUCUCUGAUUCACACUUUCCUCACUAUGAGACUUCCCUACUGUGGGCCUAAUAUUGUGAACCACUACUUUUGUGAAGGUCCUUCAGUACGUAGCUUGGCCUGCAUGGAUACACACCUCAUUGAAAUGGUAGAUCUAGUUAUCAGUGUGUUUAUGGUUGUUGCCCCACUUUCUCUCAUUGUGACCUCUUAUAUCCGUAUUGUUCUGGCCAUUCUGAAGAUCAAGUCCAACAGUGGCCGUUACAAGGCCUUCUCCACUUGUGUUUCUCACCUUAUUGUGGUCAUACUCUUCUAUGCUCCAGCCAGUUAUGUCUACAUGAGGCCCAAUUCCAGCUACUCCUCUGAACGUGAUAAGCAAGUCUCAACCUUUUACAAUGUCUUCACUCCUCUGCUCAAUCCUGUAGUAUAUAGUCUGAGGAAUAAGGAUAUUAAGGGAGCUUUUCUUAAGAUUAUCGAAGGGGUGGCCGGCACCAUGUCUGGCCGAGAAGGUGGUAAGAAGCAGCCCCUGAAACAGCCCAAGAAGUAG